AUGUCCGUCGCGAAGCGCGUGGCCGAAGAGCACGGCUGCCUCCUUGGCCAUGAGGUGGGCUACACCAUCCGUUUCGAAAACUGCACCAAUGAAAAGACACGCGUCAAGUACAUGACAGACGGCAUGCUCCUGCGUGAGUGCCUGAUUGACUCAGCUAUGCGUGACUACUCGUGCAUUAUCCUCGAUGAGGCCCACGAACGCACCAUCAACACGGAUGUCCUUUUCGGUCUCGUCAAACGCGCGGUCCGCGAACGCCCGGGCGACCUCAAGCUGCUCGUCACCUCGGCCACUCUGGACUCUGUCAAGUUCUCAGAAUACUUUUUGGGUGCUCCCAUCUUCACCAUCCCGGGCCGCACUUUUCCUGUCGAGGUGUUGUACACCAAGGAGCCCGAGAGCGACUACCUCGAUGCUGCCCUCAUCACCAUCAUGCAAAUCCAUCUGACUGAGCCCCCCGGUGACAUUCUGCUCUUCUUGACGGGCCAGGAAGAGAUUGACACCUCAUGCGAGAUUUUGUUCGAGCGCAUGAAAGCUUUAGGUAAUGAUGUGCCCGACCUGGUCAUCUUGCCCGUGUAUUCAGCAUUGCCGAGUGAGAUGCAGACACGCAUUUUUGAGCCCGCCCCUCCGGGCGGUCGUAAGGUGGUGCUGGCCACCAACAUUGCCGAAACCUCCCUGACCAUCGAUGGCAUCUACUACGUCGUUGAUCCCGGAUUCGUCAAGCAGAAGGUAUACAACAACAAGACUGGCAUGGAUGCGCUGGUGGUGACCCCCAUUUCACAACAGCAGGCAGAUCAGCGCAAAGGUCGUGCUGGUCGCACCGGUCCCGGAAAGUGUUAUCGACUCUACACGGAGCGUGCCUUCCGGGAGGAGAUGCUAGAGACGGCCGUGCCCGAGAUCCAGCGCACCAACCUGUCCAACACCGUGCUUUCGCUCAAGGCCAUGGGCAUCAACGACCUGCUUGCCUUUGACUUUAUGGAUGCGCCACCCACGGAGACACUGAUUCUGGCCUUGGAGAACCUGCACUCAUUGGGCGCGCUUGAUGAUGAAGGGCUGUUGACACGCCUUGGUCGCCGCAUGGCUGAGUUCCCUCUUGAGCCACAAUUGUCCAAGAUGCUGAUUCAGUCCACCCACCUGGGCUGCUCGGAUGAGAUCUUGACCAUUGUGAGCAUGCUCUCCGUGCAAACCGUUUUCUACCGUCCAAAGGAGAAGGCGGCGCUCGCUGAUCAGCGCAAGGCCAAAUUUCACCAGAUUGAGGGUGACCAUCUGACUCUGCUCCAGGUAUAUAAGAGCUGGGAGGCCAACAAAUUUUCGGCUCCCUGGUGCUUUGAAAACUUUGUGCAGCAACGCUCGCUGAAGCGGGCACAGGAUGUGCGCAAGCAAAUGGUUGCCAUUAUGGAUCGACAUAAAUUGGAUAUCGUCUCGUGUGGCAAGGCGUACAAGCGGGUGCAGAUGGCCAUCACCUCGGGCUUCUUCCGCAACGCAGCCAAAAAGGAUCCUCAAGAAGGUUUCCGCACCUUGGUGGACCAGCAAGCCGUCUAUGUCCAUCCUUCCAGUUCCUUGUGGCAACGUCAGCCCGAGUGGCUGGUGUACCACGAGCUGGUCCUCACAACCAAGGAGUACAUGCGAACGGUCACGGCUAUUGACCCUCGCUGGCUCACUGAGCUAGCGCCUUCCUUCUUCCGCGUGGCAGACCCGACGAAAAUGUCCAAGCGCAAGCGCAACGAAAUUAUCGAGCCUCUGUUCAACAAGUAUGAGGAGCCCAACUCGUGGCGUAUCUCGCGAGCCCGCCGUCGUCGUUGAAACCGCGGGUGGGUGGAAACGGGUCGUAUUCCAGAGCAGGCUGUUGCUCAUUUCGUGCAUACGGCACGGGGCCUAUAGUUUUUUCCCCUCUUGGGACAACCCGACUGAUUGCGGCUGGUGUGCCCAGAGUUUGCUAGCGUCUUCCUGAUUUCUUUUCUCUUUUUUUUUUUUCUUUUUUUUUUUGGACCUGCAUUGCAAAAUAAGAAUUGAAAACGUUCGAUUUG